AUGGUACUUCAACAGUGUCUUGCGUGUAAUACCUUGGUGAGUGUAAUUAUUGAUGACAAAUACGUUCUUUCUGGUUUUUUGUCGAUGGCUUGAACUGAAUUUUACUUCUGCACAAUUUGCAAAUCAACUGUCGGUGUGAGUAGGAAUCUGUUUUGGACCACAUACACAGUAUAGCACCCAGGAAAAAUCAUUUUCCUCUGAAGUACAAGAAAGUCUGUCUAAUUUCGGAAGUUUCUUCUUUUUAAUCUAGCCUUUUAAAAUCACCAGGCAAGUGGCUCUGUUGCAAAACUGCAGAGAUAGAAUUUUGUGUUUAUUUGGAAAGCCCUGAGUCAUGCAUGCAUCGCGACCUGCGACGGUCCGGGAGACGGAAUGUGUCUGCUCUGUCUUCCACUUUUUCUAAGAAAUAAUGUUUGUAGUAAAGCGAGUUUAUAUUUGUGUCUCGUCAAAAUAGUUUGCAAAACAGAAAAUGUGCUGUCCGAUUAAUCAUAAUUUUAGCUGUGCUUAUUCAGUUCAUUUUACUAACUCAGCAAUGUCACUGCAAUGUUGUUUUACUUCUCCGGCUGGUUAAUGAAGGUAUCGACAACUCAAUAUAAUAUUUUCCGGCCCGGAGGGCAAGUUAAGUGGAUUUUUCGCUACAAAUUAUUACUUUAGAAGACUGGGUUAUCACUAUAAAUUUACGCUAGCUAUCCAUGACUCAUGAUUUUUUUUUUAAAUUAAUACAUUUUCAUUCUUAUUUAAGGCUUUAUUGCAAUAAAUCAAAACGAUUCUGUUCGAUGUCCCUACUUUAUAUUGAGACAUAACCCUGUUGACAAUUCUUUAUUUUUAGAUGACUGCCUCAUCAAAAGCGUGUGUCUGCGGCCACGUUUUGAAAGAAGCGAGUCGUUUUAUCGGUGGAAAAAGAUUUUCAGGUACGAAACCAACGUUCUGAUUCUGAAUUUUUCGCAACUUUAACCCAGUGUGCACCAGUCCGCACACGUGUACCUAAAAAAUGUCGAAGAUACGUAACAACCAAAAAAAAAAUAGUCAAACAAAGCAAAGGAACGAAAGGUAAUUAUGGGAUAGCUCAUAAAGGAUUUAACUACCUAUUCAAGAGCAUAGUCAAGAUAGAUGAUUACCUCGCCAUACUGAUAAAGAGAAAAAAUUUAAUCAAGUCACCCGCAAAGACAACCAGUCAUUGGGAGACGUGGAGGGAUGUGUUAGAAAACUGUACAUUUCCCCCUUGUUCAUCAGUUAUAUUUCUCGGGUAAAGAAAGUUUCAGUAAAGUGAAGUAAGUUAUCUCUAAUUUCGUACCCAGAUCUCACUCUGUUUUACUUUCCCUUGGCCUUGGGAGAUCUGGGUACGAGAUUAAGUUAUCUCGCCAUCAUAGGUUGCUUUUAAAGUAAUUUUGUUCUGUUUGCUUUUACAGAAUACCGAGCCAAAUUAUAUUCUCGUUUAGAGACAGAAAACUUGAGAAAAGAAGGGCGAAGAAAUAAGCCACGAAAGCCGGAGGUCGCCUGAAGGUAAAGGACCCGUUCGGAUCGUGUUCCGUUGGAUUCAAUCAUUUUCUGUUUUUUGGAUUGAUUUGAUUUGCUCGCUUUCAGUUGGAAAAAAACGGUUUGUGGUUUUUGAUUGCAUGAUCAACUUCUUUGACCAGUUCAGAACAUGGAUGAUCGGGGAAAAGCUAAACUGUUAGUAGGCAUCGUGUUUUAGUCGUCAUUAGUUUGGCGCGUGAAUUGUGCGCUUGUGCGACUAGCCGGCCGUGGUAGGCCCAAAUCCCCUUUCCCUCACCUCCCUGAUAUUCCCUUUCGAAUGCCUGUCACGCAGGCUAGUGUGUGACGAUAGAUAGUCAGUCUCAACCAUAUUUCAAAGAAAAACAGAUGAUACUAAGAGUUUCUAUUGGAACAACCUCAAACCCGUCUUUAGUUAAAACUGUUAAUCCCAGGUAGUUUGCCGCUCAUUGGUGCGUUCGCCAUACAAAACAACUAGGCAGGCUAGACUGAGUUAAUACAGAUUUUCCACGUUUAUUACAAUUGUAGAUACGAAACGUGAACGGCAGUCAGCAGAUGGAGUAAAAAAUAUAGAGGAAUAAAAACUCAGACUAACAAUGCUUUUCUUUUGUUUCUAGAACCGAUUUGCAGUAAACCACACCUCAGUAAAGAGGAACAGAAAGCCCAUAAGAAAACGAUUCUCUUGCUUACGAACAAAUCCAGUGUCCUCUCAGCUGGGAAAGGGCUGUUCAAAUAUGGUACCGACAGAGCUAUUGAGUAGAUUGCCAAACGCCCUCCGGGAAAUAAACCGAAAGAUAGCAGCACAGAACUUCAUUUGGCUGGAAUUGCAAAUUGAGAAGAAAAUCAGUUAG